AUGCAUGAGAUUCAUGAUGGUGAUAUGAUAGUGAAGAUGGAUGAUACACAUGAUAUUCUUAAAAUGGUUGAGAGUGAUAUUGCACAUAUUGAUGUUAUCCCGAUAGAGGAGAAGGAUAAAAUAGAGAGUGAUGCAAUUGAUGGUAUGUGUGAAUUGUUUGGUGGAGGGCUAGAGACAAAGGAGGUGAAAGAUUUGUGUAUGGAGUAUGACGCGAGUUUCUCUUCUCUGGAAGCAAAGAUUGUUAAUAAUUUCAAGGUGAUGAUACUUUCAACACUAGAAUAUGAGAAGCAACAUGGAACAUAUUUUGAGGAGCUUUUCAAGUCAAUUGCAGAUCCACAUGCUGUCAGACACAUAACCAUGGUGUGUGAAAGAUUUAUUCAAGAAUUUGAGUCAGAAUAA